CAGAAGAAAAUGUCGAAGAAAAAAUUUGUCUUUGAAAACCAAAAGAAAAAUUCAAAGAAUAAACACAGAUGAUUCGACGACGACUACGAUAGUGAUGGGCGAAAAUAUCGAAAUGGUUUUGAAUUCCGGUGUUGAAUGCUCAUCAUCAUCAUCAUCAUCAUUAACCUGUGAUGAAUCUUUUCCAAAUGAUUCAAUUGAAGAAAUUGAAAAAAAUUCAUUAUCAUCAUUAAAUGAUUUAUCAUUACAAGAAACAAUAGAAUCUUCGAAUACAAAUUGUACAAAUACGAUGUCAUCGAAAACUACGAAUGGAACUUCGAAAUCAUCAUCAUCAUCAUCUUCAUUCAUUAUACAUUCAUAUGAUCCAAAAACGCAAAUGGCAACAAUGAUACCACAUCCUAAUUCAUCAUCAUCAUCAUCAUCAUUGAUGACAACUUCAACAUCAUCAUCCUCAUCAUUAAUGCAGAAUGCUUCAACAACAACAACAACAACCACAACAUUAAUAACAAAUGAAGAAUUGGAACAAUUUCUUGAUCCAUAUUAUUUUAUUCGUAAUCUACCGCCAUUAACGCCGGAAAUGCAAUCACAACGUUGUCCGGUAUUGCCUUUGAAAACACGUAGCUCACCUGAAUUUACCUUGGUACUUGAUCUCGAUGAAACCCUUGUCCAUUGUUCAUUAACUAAAUUAGAUGAUGCAACAUUCUCAUUCCCAGUUACAUUUCAAGAAUGUGAAUACAUGAUCUAUGUUCGUACACGGCCAUUUUUUAAAGAAUUUCUUGAACGUGUUUCACAAAUGUUCGAAGUGAUUUUAUUUACUGCAUCGAAAAAAGUAUAUGCCGAUAAAUUAUUAAAUCUAUUGGAUCCAAAUCGUAAACUUGUCAAAUAUCGUUUAUUCAGAGAACAUUGUGUUUGUGUUUGUGGUAAUUAUAUAAAAGAUUUAACCAUAUUGGGCCGUGAUUUAUCCAAAACAAUCAUCAUUGAUAAUUCACCACAGGCAUUCGGUUAUCAGUUGGAAAAUGGAAUACCAAUUGAAUCAUGGUUUAUGGAUAAAAACGAUAAUGAAUUAUUGAAAUUGUUACCAUUCUUAGAGGAUCUCAUCACACAAAAUGAAGAUGUACGGCCACAAAUUUGUAAUCGUUUUCAUUCACAUUAUACUAGUCAACAACAACAACAACAACAACAACAACAUCAACAACAAUAACAUCAACAGAAAAUUCAACCAUCAUCUUACUCGUUAUUUAUUGAAUUUAUAAAAAAAAGAAAAAAAACAUUGUCAGCUAUCGAAUCUAUAGUCCCGUUAUAUUCUAAUUAUUCAUUUUGUUAUUAUUGUUAUUCCUUUACGUUCAGGAUUAAUUACCACUGUUAUAUCUAUCUAUUCAUUUUUUUUUCUCCUUUCAAAUCAGUAAUUAUGAUUAUACUAGUCAAAUCAAAUUUAUUGUUUAUAAUAUAAUUGUUUUAAUAACAAUAAUCUCAAAUGAUUGUUAAUCAAAUACAUAAACCAUUGUCCACUAUCUGUUCAUACAACAACAACAACAACAACAACAACGACAACAUACGCCAAAAGUACAACAAGUGUUUUUUUUUGUUUCUUUUUGUUGUUUAGGAAAUGUGCUUUGAAUUUGGUUUUCUUCUUCGAAUGAAAAUUGAAUUAAAAAUUACAGAAUUUCAAAACAAACGACAAUGUCA